UCAUCCGAUACGUUCACAGGUGACAAUCCUUGUCAAUACGUUCAAACUUUGUCAAGUCAGAACAACUGUCAUGUAUUUCUGCCAGAAAGAAAAGCCAGUCAUUCGAGAAAAUGGAUUCAACUGAGAAAAGCGAUUCGCCAUCAAGCCCGUUUACCUCUCGCAGUGGCUUUAUGCGGCAUCGCAAGCGUUCAGCCAAGCAUCCCAUCACCUUGCUGAGGAAGCCGGGCAUUGCUAAGGAGCUGAGGGAGCUCCAUUACGAGGAACAAGAAUACACGAGCUCCUCUUCGGUAGGAUCAACGACGUCCCAGCUGGUCAGCGACGACAGUGGCAUCGAUGUUAGUCAGGACAAUGGAAAAGGACACAGCUACUUCCUGCGCAAGAGAUACACGAAUCCUUUCUAGUGGUUUAUUCAUCGAAUGGUGUACAUGGGUGUAAAGGAACAAAAGCAGCAGCAGCAGCAAAAAAUACUUAUGUGCCAACGAAAUAAACUACGGAACAUUGCAGGCAUUGAGAUA